AGGGGCAAAAGAGUAAAAGUCUAAUAUAGGAAGGAGGAGGGUUUAUGAACCAACCAAAUUUGAGCUAGGGUUUAGGGCGAUCGGCAGAAAGUGAAAUCAAUGGAUUCAUUCUCCUCGCCGUCAAGCGGAUCAUCUCCAAAAUUCUCAACGGAUGACAUCAUGACUCAGCUCAGGACUCAGCUUGAGCAGGCUUACGCCGAAGAGUUUCUCGAGACUGUUCGAGGAAAGUGCUUUGACAAGUGUAUCACCAAACCUGGCAGUAGCUUGAGUGGGAGUGAGAGCAGUUGCAUCUCCAGGUGCAUAGAUCGUUACAUUGAGGCCACUGGUAUCAUUGGCAAAGCCUUGUUUAACCAACGCUGAACAUUUUUUCUGGAACGAAAGCCAUUGCAGAGUCGAAGGAUGAUUGUUUUUAGACUUGUGCUCCUUUAUUAUGACUUUGCAUUUCUUCAUCUCAAGGUUGAAUCCAGAGUGUUUUUGGAAUAUAGUAACAAUGCUCCUCAGCAUAAGCUGUACAAUUGUUAUGCUACCUAGAUUUGAAAUACUGCUUAUCCAAAUAAUCUUUAUGGUUA